CGGAGGUGCAGCCCUUCUUGUUCAACAGUUGAGAAUUGCCGGUGAUCAGGCAAGCAGUGAAACCUCAAGGGUUCCACUGAAUACAAUAAGGAUACUCGAUUAAUUUUGAUUUCAGCACCCCCAGUAGGAUAUAUCAACAUGGUGGUGGUAACAGCAGGGACCGGAGUGUCCCACAAAGUGCUCCUGAUCUCCGGCAAACAAUGCAGCUCGGCUAGCGGCUCACAGGCAGGCUACAACCGGCCCAUAUCUGUCGUUUUACCGUCAUGCUCCAGCCCGGCGUCGUCGGAUUCAGAGUCCAACUCCUCCGCGGGGCCGCCCAUACGAAAAAGACAGAGGCUCACACACUUGAGUCCAGAAGAAAAAGCACUUCGCAGGAAACUCAAGAACAGAGUCGCAGCCCAGACAGCCAGAGACAGGAAAAAGGCCAAAAUGGGAGACCUCGAACAGCAAGUCAUAGAGUUGGAGCUGGAGAAUCAGAAACUUCACAUUGAAAACAGGCUACUUCGGGAAAAAUCAAGCGGCCUUUUGACAGAAAAUAUUGAACUGAGACAGAGACUUGGGUUGGAUACCCUCGACUCAAAAGAGGAGGUUCAGAGUUUGUUAUCCAUCGGGAAUGACGCAGGUUUAGGGAUCGGGUCUUCUGAGUCCGCAGCACUCAGGCUAUGUGUGUCCGCAGCAGGUGCAGGCCCAGCAGUCCCUAAAUCUGAAGACUUCUCAAUGGAUUCAGAUGAUUCUGACUGUUCAGACGAUGAGUCUGAUUUGCUCAUGGGCAUUCUGGACAUCCUUGACCCAGAGCUUUUCCUCAAGUCUUGUGAGCAGGAGUGCCAGGAGCCGGAGGAGCUGCUGGUCGGAGGGGGGAACCCAGUACCUCCCGCCACACCUGCGACUCUGGGGGCCUCACCAGUUAAGCUGGAGGCCCUUAAUGAACUGAUCCACUUUGACCACAUUUACACGAAGCCCGUGGAGGAGGUGAGCAUCGGGCAGUGCAGCGACCCAGAGAGCGACACAGAGAAUAUCGACGAGGCUAUCUUAUCCGUUAUCGACGUGGUGGUGCUCGAGGAGGAGACCGUCUGCGUUAAAGACGAGCCGGAGGAAGUGGUCAUCCCCAGCUGUGACAGUCACAGUCAGGUGGAUGACUUUUUCUCUGAAACCCCCUCCCCUGCCCUCAGCGGCCUGGAUAAGGAAGCUUGUCUUGCGGACACCUACAGUGACUCCGGAUACGAAGGGUCCCCUUCCCCUUUCAGCGACAUGUCCUCUCCCCUGUGCUCAGAGAGCACCUGGGAAGACAUGUUUGCUAACGAACUCUUCCCCCAGCUUAUCAGUGUCUGAAUCAACCAUACAGCCCAAUAAUUUAUAAUAUAUUUACAUUUAAGCGCUAAUGUGUAGUGUUAAUAACAAUGGAGAAGCACACAAAGCUUCAGAGUACCGUAUAGAACACAGCUGAAUCCACUCAUGUAUAGGCUAAAGUUAAGCACAUAAUCUCCUUUAUAUUACAGCAGGUCUGUACCAGUGGCGAUGCUGCAUUGACUUGUGGGAGAUGGAGUUCAUGACAGCUAAUUUUGGCAUCCUUUAAUUACUGCAGAGAAUUCAAAAUGGAUUUCAAAUCUCUCGCUCACAGUUCAUGACACGUAGGUAGAAUCAAGUAUUUCUGAAAAUUAUUAGGGGGAUGGGGACCGAUCAUUUAAAUAUAACCUUUUUAUUUAUUUGUGUAUUCUGCUUCGGGGUCAUUGUAUGUAAAACGCUUUCUUCUAAUUUGUCGACGCUCUCUCUAUGUAGCCUACUGCAUUAAAAAACUUUUUGCAUUGCA